AUUUUGUUUUUAUUUCUUAUGUUAGCAUUUGUUGGAAAACCUUCCUGAACAACUUCUCAAUUUUGGGUAAUCCCCGCCGGGCGCGAGGUACCACCAAUGCACCCACCGCCUUCCAAAUAAUGACCCAACCGCCUUGCUUUGCUUCAGUAGCCGUUAGUGUUUCAAUAUGGAAAGUUUCUGUAGAUAAAUAGCCGCUAGGGUUUCAUUAGCCGUUUGUUAGUGUUCUUUCUCCGUCCCAAACUCAUCACUUCAAUUCGAUUCCUCUCCUUUUCUUCUCCUCUCCGAUGCUCUACCUCCAUUCACUUAUAAUAUUUACUUGGGGAGGGUUAGUUUGGGUUGCUGUUCUUCUAGAUAUGUUUUCUGCCGAGUUUGAUAAUAAUUCUUCGGAAAAUUCUCCGGCCCCAAGAAAAAUGGUUUAAGUCUGACGAGAAAAAUCCUGCUCUGACCAAACCCCCAAGCUCAAAAGGAAUUGGUAGGAGAAUGUUUGGUUCAGAAGUUAGUCAGAAUAUUGUAGCUGCAGGAGCACCUCCUCUUGUGGUUAACAAAAGAGGGUUACCAGAGUUGCUCAGAAAGAUCUGCAAAGAAAACAUGCCUGAUCAUCAAGUGCAUCGACCAAUCUCAAGGAGUUUUAUUGCACAAAUGGGCAGUACGCAGCAUCAAUUCUCUGUGGAAUCCAAGAGAAUAAACACAUCAGUUCAAGAUUCAAUUAGAGUAGAAGACUGUAAUUUGAUCAUAUGUGCAGAUGAAAAAAAUGAUGCCAAAGACCAACCUGAACCAAUGUUCUUGGAGCAAACAGAUCAAAUAGUCAAGCAUGAAAUGGGUCAGAUGGAGGAGGUCAAAAUGAAGGAUCUAUGUGAAGAUCCUGUCAUGGAUAUAGACACCUGUGAUGUAAAAAACCCACUUGAAAUUGUUGACUACGUUGAAGAUAUCUAUGCCUAUUACAAGAAGAUGGAGUGUUCAGGCUAUGUCCCGCCAGACUACAUGGCACAACAAUUUGACAUUAAUGGGAAAAUGAGAGAUAUACUAAUUGACUGGCUUAUCGAGGUACACAAUGAUUUUGAACUCAGGGAGGAAACAUUAUUUCUUACUGUAAAUCUCGUUGACAGAUUUUUAGCCCAGCAAAGAGUGGACAGAGAGAAGCUUCAGUUGGUGGGUCUGACUGCGAUGCUGCUGGCAUGCAAAUAUGAAAAUUUUCGUGGAGUACUUAUUGAGAAUUUAAUUUUUAUAUCAGGCAGUGCUUGUGCCAGGAAGGAACUUCUAGAUAUGGAAAGAUUGAUGCUCAAGACUUUGCAAUUUAACUUGUCUUGUCCAACCCCAUAUGUUUUCAUGAGAAGGUUCCUAAAGGCUGCUCAAUCUGACAAGAAGGUUAGUGAAAUAUUGUCAUUCUUCUUGAUUGAUCUUUGCCUUGUGGAGUACGAGAUGCUCAAGUUCCCACCAUCUCUGUUAGCUGCUUCUGCAAUCUAUACUGCCCAAUGUACCCUUCAUGGGUUUAAGCAAUGGGAUAAGAAGUGCCAGUGGUAUACUGGCUAUUCAGAAGAUGAACUCCUUGAAUGCUCAGUACUAAUAGUUACUUUCCACCAGAAAGCAGGAACUGGGAAACUAAUUGGGCUUCAGAGGAAAUACUCUGCAUCUAGGUUUGGCUUUACUGCAAAAUAUGAACCUGCAAAGUUUUUAUUAGAGGGCAUCCAAGUAUAGCAAGGGAAUGUGUACAAACUUUACAUGAACAAGGUUCAUCUGGGCUUCGGUGGGAAUGGGGGCCUGUGAUGCACCUGCGAGGGUUUUGUAGCUUCUUAGGUUGUUACGAUGAUAAUAACCAUGGUUAUUUUCACUUUCAAGACACUUUUUUUGAAGAUCUAUAGUACAAAUUAAUUUCUGAAGUA